AUGCCGCCCUCCUCCCGCCCGCUGUACGUCCGCGUGCUGGACCACGUGCUGCGCCGCAGCUUCGGCCACCCGGUGAGCGUGCAGCUGCUGGCGCUGAGCUCCGUGGGGCUGCUGCUGAGCUUCCUGCUGUUCGCGCUGGCUCCGUGGCUCGAUGACGGCUCGCAGCAGCGUUAUUUGAGGCAGCUGCUGCCCUCAAUUAGCGUCGAGUUCGACUCGUUCGCCGUGGACCACCUCGUCGUGUUUGUAGCCAUCUCGCCGCCGGUAAUAUGGCUACUCCUGGUGCACGUCGCGUACUCGCAGGUUUCGUCUCGAGUUGAAGUCGCGCUGCUCUUCUUGAGGGUGGCCAGCUGCCUCACAGUGAGCUUCGCACUCACGGUGCUGCUGACCGAGUUCCUGUCCAGGAGAGCCAUGUUGGCGCUGGUCACGCUCGCGUACGCGUCAUUGGGGCUCUUGUAUUCGUGGAGUGUACCCAUUUGGAAAUGGUACCAAGAGGAGGCCCGCACCAGGGGCUUAAUUGGGUUCCUGCCGCAGUCCGCGCAGGAGCUUCUACUGCAGACGUCGCUGCUGAAAUGGCUCACCGACACGAGCUUUUCCGACAAAGUGGCUCCAUUCCUGCCCUUCCUGCUGCCGCUGUCCAGGGCCGAGCAGAUGAGGUUGAUGGAGCAAAUGCCGCCCGAGUCCCAAAUGAUGCUGACCAAGCCCGGCCUGUUGCCUUUGCUGCCGGACUCCAUGCAGAAAGUUUUGCUGCCAGCAGAAGACAGUGACAGUGACCAAGAGGAUGACACGAAAGACGCGAGCAAGAUGGCUACACAAGAGCGGACGUUGGCUGUGCGGGAGCAGACUGAAGCUGAAGCGGAUAUCAGAGCCGAGCAGAGGAAAUUGCUGACGCUGACGGCCUCGACGACUGCAGGGUUUGAUUUCCACCGCCCCGACGUGGUGCGUACCGUGCGUACUCCGCCGUCAAGAGAGCAGGUGCUGAACGAGAUCGUGGCGUCUCGGGUGUGGAACGGGUGCAAGGAGCUGGUCAAGAUCCCGAGCUCCACGACGCUGAACCGCACGGCGGCGAUGUCGAGCGCGUUGCUGGUGAUGCAGCUCUAUGCGUCACGCGGCAGUCGGAGGGUGUUCCUUACGUUCGUGCAGUUCGUCGCGGCCUCGGCACUGAGCUCUGUCGCCUGCUGUGCGAUCUUCUUGCGGUUUGUGCAGCUCCUGGAUCCGAAGUGGACGUCGGGUCGAGCCGUGCCGCUGCUCCGUUACGCGAGGCAGUAUUUGCUCCGCAAUGGGAAUUCUGGAACAGCGCAAAUUUCAGAUCAAGCUACCAACGGAGGAUCAUCUAAGCUGCACACCGCGGCUUCAUCAGUGUCCGUGGUGGUUGCGGCUCUCUAUGUUCUGCGCAAGUUGCGUCGCUGA